AUGCCCCCUGUGCCACCUCUGCCUGCGUUGCAGAGGCAAUGGACAUUGCCGGAGCAGGAGCGCAAGGCGCUCGUGUCUCCAGUCGAGGCGACGCCUUCUGCAUCGUCUACGCCCAGCUCGCCCACCAAGAUCGCUGGUCCUUCUUCGUCCUCCUCAUCAUCUACCAAGCCAUCUCGACCAGCCCCUCGCCAAGUAGCAAGCUGCCCUCAGGCGCCCACGCAGGCCUUCCCCUCUCGCGAGCAGGAAGACCAACAACGCUUCGCAACUCACCCCUACCUCGCGCAGCUGGCCGCCGACUCAUUGCGUGGCCAUGGUCGAGUACGCUCUCACUUCAGCAUCCCCGAUGUCAUGGUCACCGCCGCCGAGGAGGAUGGCGAGGAGACUUACUUCGAGGUUCGCCUCGAAGAGGACAAGCGUCGCACACAGCUUUUCAACCACUCGGAGCCAGUCACGAUCGACAUGAGGGACAUGGUAAAUGUACCAGUCUCGCCGCCUAUGGACAGUGCCGCUACGCUGGAGCCAUUGGACGAAGGAGCAAUGACUCCUACAGCACCGAAGCGGACUCGCAAGUCGUCGCUGCCGCUCAUCUUCGGCCGCUCCUCAACGCCCAAGCCAUCGAAGCAGCAGCAGCAGCAGCAGCAGCGCGACGCCGUUGCAUCAGAAGAGGACGAGCCCCGUCGCUCGCGAUCCCCAUACCAACAACCAGCCUUCUCCUCCUCCGGCUCCCUCCCCUCAGCCGCAGCCUCUUCGCGGGACUCACUGCCGUCCAGCUCCAGCACCCCACGCACUCCUCCCUCGGACUUCCCCCCAUCGCGCCUGUACCGUCCCUGA